AUGACCUCUAAUAGCAAUGGCGAGUCUCAUCUCGCUAUCGAUUGCCAUAAGCUCGACUUCAGCUGGAAUCAAGACUCAGAGCUUGUACUGGAAGGUGUCGAUCUGAAUUUGGGGAAAGGAUCGAGGUGCUUGUUGAUUGGAGCGAAUGGUGCCGGUAAAUCGACGCUUCUUCGAAUUCUGGCUGGGAAACGAUUGACGAAAACGAGAGCGUGCAAGAUUCUUGGUCAGGAUGUGUUCAUGAACCCUCCGAAUGGAGUCGUCUACCUAGGUACAGAGUGGUCUACGAACCCUGUUGUCAGGAGCGACAUUGUCGUCUCUGAAUUCCUAGAUUCAGUUGGAGGAUACAGGCACAAGGAAAGGAGAGACAGGCUCUUAUCCAUUCUGGAUGUCGACUUGGAUUGGCAUAUGCAUCAAAUCUCAGAUGGAGAGCGACGCCGGGUCCAACUCUGCAUGGGGCUUAUGACAGAAUGGGAUGUUCUUCUUUUGGACGAAGUGACCGUCGAUCUGGACGUUCUUGUCCGAUCCGACUUGAUCAACUUUCUGAUCCAAGAGACAGAGACGAGAGGAGCAACCAUAGUCUACGCAACUCAUAUCUUUGACGGUCUAUCGUCCUUCCCAACGCAUAUCUGCCACCUCCAACUCGGUCGUACGCCUCGACCGUUGCAUGUCUGGGAAGCCACUUCUGGCGUCGAAGAUCUGUUCAAGCUCGCUUUGCAAUGGACGAGAGAGGACAGAGAUCUUCGGAGGAUCAAGGAAAAGGAAACGGGUCGCGUUCGAGGCCCUAAGAAGGCUGACGAGGUGAGUGUGCUGCAGAGAUUCGCUGCGGCUUCAUUUGAUUCCUCGCCUACCUCUUCAUAUGUGCGCUGGCAUCGGUGCUUACUUUCUUCCAAAAGACGAAAGACGCCAAAAUGUUCUUCGAAAAGUACGACUACUCGCACUGAUGGAGAAUAUUCCAUCGUCUCAUUCUCCGACGUGGUUGAUUGA